AUGAAAAUCAAAUUGCCUCGGGACCGUUUCCCCUCCACGUCCUCAAAUGAGGAUUUGGACACGAGCCCCGAUUGGGGGGAGGUUCGCCCCAUGAUGAUGCCCCGCCUGCCCCCACCACUCCAUGCGCCCCCACAUCCCCAGCAUCACCCUCAAUCGCAUCACCCACCACCUCAGGGGGUAAUAGUGGGUGCAGUCAGGAAGCGGAGGGGAAACUUACCGAAGAACUCUGUGAGGAUAUUGAAGAGGUGGCUCUACGAACAUCGAUAUAACGCUUAUCCGAGUGAUACAGAAAAGUUGGCUUUGAGUCAAGAGGCUAAUUUGACAGUUUUGCAAGCAAUUGCCGGGCGUAGGCUUAGCAGGGUCAAUGGGGCAAAUGGGGCAUAUGGGGCAUAUGGGGCCAAUCAAGGCCCAAUGGGACCUAUGAUGGGUUAUCCUUCAACCUCAGGACUAGGCCUCCCGCCUGGGCCUAUUAUGAUGCCCUGGAACGGAGUUGAGGUUCAGAAUAUAGUGGACACUACCCGGCCGCAUGACUACGGCGACGGUCUGCUGGUGUACCGCGACGAACCAGAAUUGGGGGAUGGCGAAGAAGGCUAUUCCAGUACCAUCAGUGAAGAGGAGGUGAAGUAUGACCCCUCUGUAUGGCAGAGCGUGAUAAGAUACGGGCCGGAGGACAGAGAAUUGCAUGCAAGAUCCCCGGCCGUAGUGACCGUCACCACUGAUGAGGUCUCGGAACUCGGCGGCGAAGGAACGGUGUGGACCCAGCUGACCCCAGUCCCACCUCGUCGGCAGGUGAGCCCUCCUCCGCCGCCAGUUGCUGUCGAGCUUGAAGUCGCCACCACUGACAUGUGGUGCCACACUUAG